AUGACUAGAAACUCCUAGAUUGUCAUCACUCAUAAAACCAUAUCCUCAGUUGAUGAUCUUCCAGGUUUAAUUGUACAUGAGAAACUAUUUAAAGGAGGAUAUGGUACUAUUUUUAAGGGAAUGGAUCAAACAACUAAAUAAGAAAUUGCUAUCAAAUAUUCUAAGUUUGACUUAUCUAAUGAAUAUAAAAUUAUGAAAAAGUUGUAACACAUACCUGGAAUUCCAAAAGUUUAUACUUUAGGAGAAUCAGGUAAAUCUACAUAUUUGAGCAUGGAAUUUUUGAAUUCAGAUCUACAUAGUAUUAGAGCAAAAAUGAAGUAAUUAUCUCUAAAAAGCAUUUGUUGUAUUGCAAUUAAAGUGCUAGAAAUAUUGAAGGAAAUUCACAAUUUAAAUAUUGUACAUAGAGAUAUUAAACCUACAAAUCUUAUGAUAAAAUCACUUGAAGGUUUUUAUUUUUAUUAAUGAUUUUUAGAUUCACAGAUAUAUUUGAUUGAUUUUGGAAUAGCUAAAGAAGCUGAUUAAUUUAUAUAUUCUUAAGAAGUAGAAGGCACUCUUCUAUAUGAUCCAAUUUAAGUACAUUAGAGAUUACCUUAUAGAUUUAUUGAUGAUGUUGAAAUGCUUGCAUAUACUCUGGUAUUUCUAUUUAAAGGUAAAAUAAUUAUCAAAAAAUAGGUCAUUUACCUUGGAUGAAAUAUCCAAAUACAAUGCUUUAUAAUGAAGAUGUUAUGCGACAUAAGGAAUAAUACAUGAGCUCUAAAAGUAUGAGUAGACUUCCAUUUGCUGAACUCUUUGGGUACAUAAAAUGGAAUUAAAAUAACAAUAAACCAGAUCAUGAUUUUUUGAUUUGUUUAUUUAAGAAAAUCUUAACAGAAAAUAAAAUGUUAGAAAACUAUUUGUAUGAUUGGUCUGAAAAUAGCACUCCACUUGCAUCUUCAAAAACAAAAACUACUANUUAUAAGUUCUUAAAAACUCAAUGUUAAUAUAAUAAUAGCAGAUUUAUACAAAUUAGAAUUCAAAAAGUAUGUAAUUAUUUUAAAUUUCUUAUUCUAAGGAUAAUUAUAGAAUUCAAGCAAAUUAAAUAUUUUUUACAAAAACUUUUCUAGUUAAAUAUUAUAUGA